GAAGUCUAACUCUAACAUUCCGUUGAAAUAGAAUUUUAUAAACGUCUUAUCGGUGGACCUUAUUUUAGCAAAAGGAACCUAAGGGCUUUGACAAACUCGAGUUCCAAAAAUGGAUGAAGAGUGGAACCCAAGUUUUCGCCGGAAUGUGGCGAGAAGCAUAGGUAGGAGUUUUAGCAGUGCUGCCGGGAGUUGGCGGAUGGAAGAUGCAUUUUCCGGCGUUGGAGGUGGUAGUCACGACGGACGGAGCAGUCGUCACUCCAUAGAAGACGAAGAGGCCUUGCGAUGGGCUGCUUUGGAGAAGCUUCCCACUUACAGUCGACUACGAACCACCAUCUUCAAGUCUUACAUUCCGGCGGAUCAACAGGAAAUGCAUUCUGAUCAGAUGUUGAUGGAUGUACGAGAGCUCGAUCCAGUUACUCGACAGAAUUUCAUCGACAAGGUUUUUAUGCUCCCUGAAGAAGAUAAUGAAAGGUUCUUGAGGAAGUUCAGAGAUCGCGUUCACAAGGUUGGAAUCUCCCUUCCAACAGUAGAAGUUCGGUUUCAAAAAUUGUCAAUAGAAGCUGAUUGCCACGUCGGAAAUAGAGCACUUCCAACACUGCCGAAUUCUGCUAGAAAUAUUGUGGAAGCUUUUCUAGCUGCUAUCGGUAUCAAUUUAUCCAAGAAAGCUAAACUACGUAUUCUUAAAGAUGUGUCCGGAGUUAUAAAACCAUCAAGGAUGGCACUUGUGUUGGGUCCACCAUCAUCGGGUAAGACAACGCUUUUGUUAGCUCUAGCAGGAAGACUCGAUAAAAACCUAAAAGUUGAUGGAGAGAUAACAUACAAUGGACAUAAGCUCAAUGAAUUUGAACCACGAAGAACAGCAGCUUACAUUAGCCAAAACGAUAUUCAUGCUGGAGAAAUGACUGUGAAAGAAACAUUAGAUUUCUCAGCAAGAUGCCAAGGAGUUGGAUCUCGUUUAGAACUGCUAACGGAGCUCGCAAGAAGAGAAAAGGAAGCAGGUAUCACCCCAGAAGCUGAAGUAGAUCUUUACAUGAAGGCAACUGCCAUUGAAGCAGAUGAGAGUAGUUUGAUUACUUACUACACUCUAAGAAUAUUGGGCCUAGAUAUAUGCCGUGACACAUUAGUUGGAGAUCAAAUGAGACGGGGUAUCUCCGGAGGACAAAAGAAGCGUGUAACCACAGGUGAGAUGCUUGUGGGACCCGCAAAAACUUUGUUUAUGGACGAGAUAUCAACAGGUCUAGACAGUUCCACUACAUUUCAGAUAGUCAAGUGCUUGCAACAAAUUGUACACCUCACCGACUCAACAAUCUUCAUGUCCCUACUACAACCUGCCCCCGAGACAUUCGAUCUAUUCGAUGACAUCAUCCUACUAUCCGAGGGCCAGAUCGUGUAUCAGGGCCCACGGGAAAAUGUUCUCGAGUUCUUUGAGAGUUGUGGAUUCAUAUGUCCAGAGAGAAAGGGCAUUGCUGACUUCUUGCAAGAGGUUACAUCUAAGAAAGACCAACAACAAUAUUGGGCAGAUAAAAGAAAACCAUACAGAUAUAUACCAGUUAGUGAAUUUAAUGAAAAAUUCAAGUGUUUCCAUGUGGGGGAGAAGCUGAAAAGUGAGUUGUCAAUUCCAUACGACAAAAACGAAAGCCAUAAAGCUGCUUUAGUCUUCCAAAAAUACUUAGUCCCCAAAAUGGAGCUCCUUAAAGCCUCAUGGGAUAAAGAGUUGCUACUAAUGAAGAGAAACGCUUUCAUUUACAUUUUCAAGUCUAUACAAAUCGUGUUUGUAGCAUUUAUUGCCACAACUUUGUAUCUUAGGACCACAAUGCACCACAGAAACGAACAAGAUGGUGUGAUUUACGUAGGGGCACUUUUGAAUAGUCUGCUCAUCAACAUGUUUAAUGGGUUUGCUGAUCUGUCACUAAUCAUCAUGAGACUUCCAGUAAUUUACAAGCAAAGGGACCUCAUGUUCCACCCUUCAUGGGCUUUCACUCUUCCAGCUUUCUUGCUACGUAUUCCUAUAUCUAUAGUGGAGAGUAUUAUGUGGUGUGGGAUUUUAUACUUUGGUGUUGAUCUCGCCCCUGAUGCUGGCAGGUUCUUCAAGCAUCUUCUGUUGGUUUUCUUGAUCCAGAAUGUGGCAGCGGGGCUGUUUAGGCUAAUUGCUGGGGUUUGUAAGACAAUGAAUAUUUCUAACACAGGAGGAGCUGUUGUACUUUUACUUAUAUUUCUGUUGGGUGGUUUUAUACUUCCUAAAACCCGGAUUCCAAAUUGGUGGGAGUGGGCAUACUGGAUUUCACCUCUGUCUUAUGGCUUCAAAGCCUUUGCUAUAAACGAGUUUCGUGAUCCUCGGUGGACAAGCAAAAGGAGCUCAGACAAUUCAACCAACAUGGGGUACGCCGUGCUAAAUAACCUUGACAUCCCAACUAAAGAAAGCCAUUACUGGAUUGGUGCUGCUGCUCUUCUUGGUUUUGUGCUUCUGUUCAAUAUUCUUUUUACCAUUGCUCUCAUGUAUUUAGAAGCCCCUGGAAAGCCACAAGCAAUUAUCUCCAAGGAAGAAGCUGCAGCCAUGGAAGGUAGUCAGCAUACCAACCUAGAACCAAUAUCACAUCCUAGAGGCACUUCUGAUACUAAGAAGGGCAUGGUUCUUCAGUUUACUCCAUACGCCAUGUCAUUUGACAAUAUCAACUAUUUUGUUGAUAUGCCUCAUGAAAUGAGAGAAGAUGGGGUGACAGAAAAGAGAUUGCAAUUACUUUCUGAUGUAACUGGUGCAUUUAGGCCUGGAGUUUUAACUGCAUUGAUGGGAGUAAGUGGAGCUGGAAAAACUACAUUGAUGGACGUUUUAGCAGGAAGAAAAACAGGUGGUUAUAUCGAAGGAGACAUAAGAAUAUCAGGAUUCCCUAAAAAACAAGAAACAUUUGCAAGAAUCUCUGGAUAUUGUGAGCAAACGGAUAUCCAUUCUCCCACAAUCACUGUUCAAGAAUCUUUAAUCUACUCUGCUUUCCUCCGUCUCCCAAAACAAAUCAGCAAAGAAGACAAAACGAUUUUUGUGCGUGAAGUGAUGGAGCUAGUUGAACUAGACAAUAUCAAGGAUGCAAUAGUGGGACUUCCAGGAGUUAGUGGUUUGUCAACAGAACAGAGAAAGAGGUUAACAAUCGGAGUGGAGCUUGUUGCAAAUCCUUCAAUUAUUUUCAUGGAUGAACCAACUUCUGGACUUGAUGCAAGAGCAGCUGCCAUUGUUAUGAGAGCUGUAAGAAACACAGUGGACACAGGAAGAACAGUUGUUUGCACCAUUCAUCAGCCUAGUAUUGAUAUCUUUGAAUCCUUUGAUGAGUUGAUGCUACUGAAAAGAGGAGGAAAAGUUAUCUAUGCGGGAUCACUAGGAAGGCAUUCUCAAAACGUCAUUGACCACUUUGAGGAAGUUGAUGGGGUUCAAAAGAUCCCUGACAAAUACAAUCCAGCAACAUGGAUGUUGGAAGUCAGCUCUGGUGUUGCAGAAAUACGACUGGGCAUUGACUUUGCUGACCACUACAGUGCAUCGCCUUUACAACAGAGGAACAAGGCUAUGGUGAAGGAGUUGAGUGUACCUCCACUAGGUGUUGAAGAUCUUCACUUUGAAACACAAUAUGCUCAAUCUAUGUGGGGACAAUUCACGUCUUGUUUAUGGAAAAUGUGGCGGAGUUAUUGGAAAAAUCCCGAUUAUAACCUUGUUCGUUUCUUCUUCACUUUGCUUUGUGCACUCAUGGUUGGAACUGUAUUCUGGAAAGUUGGCAGCAAAAAGUCGAGCAGCAAUGAUCUCAGCACAACCAUUGGAGCGAUGUAUUCUGCUGUAUUUUUUAUUGGUGUAAGCAAUUGCCAAACGGUGCAGCCGGUUGUUGCCACAGAAAGAAUAGUUUUUUAUCGCGAAAGAGCUGCUGGGAUGUACUCUUCGUUACCAUACGCCAUGGCACAGGUGUUUGUGGAGAUACCAUAUGUAUUCCUUCAAACAACAUAUUACACUCUCAUAGUGUACGCCAUGGUGUCAUUCGAAUGGACAGCACCCAAAUUCUUCUGGUUUUUUUUCAUCAACUUCUUUUCGUUCCUUUAUUUUACAUACUAUGGAAUGAUGACUGUUUCCAUCACGCCAAACGAGCAAAUAGCAGCCAUAUUCGCAGCUGGUUUCUACCUACUUUUUAAUAUCUUCUCUGGGUUUUAUAUCCCACAACCCAAAAUUCCUAGAUGGUGGGUGUGGUACUACUGGAUUUGCCCCAUGGCGUGGACUGUGUACGGAUGCAUUGUUUCUCAGUAUCAUGAUUCAACUGACACAAUCAUGGUGCCUGGGAUGGAACAGGGCCCACUCCUCACAUCGUAUAUUAAAGACUACUAUGGUUUUGAAUUGGAUUUCAUGGGUCCUGUUGCUGCAGUUUUAAUUGGUUUUUGUGUGUUCUUCGCGUUCCUAUAUGCCACCUUCCUCAGGACUUUGAACUUCCAAAUGAGAUAGAAAGUACAAUAGAUUCUACUAUCAGUGUGUAAAUUAUUCUGUAAUUUACAAGUUUGAAUUGUAGCAAACCUACAACGGAUUCUAUGUGACACCCUGAAUGCGGGUUAAUGUUAAAGAUGGGUGACCAACUAUUAGAUUUGUUCAAAAUAGAUUAUGAACAUUAUUAUA